UAGUAAGUAGUGAAAGGGAAGCGAAGCAAAAACCCUCAUUAUACCCCUCUCUAGGGUUUCAUUCUCUCCCCAGCCUCUCUCCUCUCCCCCUCAUCAUCUAGAGAGAAUAUACAUAUACAUUUAGAGAGAGAGGGUAGAGUAUAAGAGAAACAUGGCGCAGUCACUCGAACUUCUACUAAUUCAGUUCUUGAUGCCGGAUAACGACGCCCGGCGGCAAGCGGAGGAUCAGAUUAAGCGGUUGGCGAAGGAUCCGCAGGUAAUUCCGGCUCUGGUGCACCACCUCCGCACUGCCAAGACGCCUAAUGUGCGGCAGCUAUCGGCGGUGCUUCUCCGCAAGAAGAUCACAGGCCACUGGGCCAAGCUCUCCCCUCAAGUCCGUCAACUCGUCAAGCAGUCUCUCAUUGAGAGCAUCACCAUGGAACACAGCCCUCCAGUGAGGCGAGCCAGUGCAAAUGUAGUGAGUAUCAUUGCCAAGUUUGCUGUUCCAGCUGGAGAGUGGCCUGAUUUGUUGCCAUUUCUAUUCCAAUGCAGUCAGAGCGCACAAGAAGAUCAUAGAGAAGUGGCAUUAAUUCUUUUCAGCUCUUUAACUGAAACAAUUGGGAAUUCGUUUCAACCACAUUUUUCAGAUCUACAAUCUCUUCUACUCAAGUGUCUACAAGAUGAAACUAGUAACCGUGUCAGAGUUGCUGCUCUCAAGGCAGUUGGCUCUUUCUUGGAGUUCACUCACGACGGGGCUGAAGUGGUCAAGUUUCGAGAGUUUAUUCCCAGCAUUUUGAAUGUUUCAAGACAAUGCCUUGCCUCUGGCGAGGAGGAUGUUGCUGUAAUUGCCUUCGAAAUAUUUGAUGAACUGAUUGAAUCUCCUGCACCUCUUCUGGGGGAAUCAGUCAAAGCCAUAGUGCAGUUCUCCCUUGAAGUUUGCUCAAGCCAAACUUUGGAACCCAACACACGCCAUCAGGCUAUUCAAAUAAUUUCAUGGCUUGCUAAGUACAAAUCCAAUUCCCUAAAAAAGCAUAAGCUGGUCAUUCCCAUACUGCAAGUUAUGUGUCCAUUGCUUGCGGAAUCAACUGAUAGAGAUGACGAUGAUGAUCUUGCACCAGAUCGAGCUGCUGCAGAAGUUAUUGAUACCAUGGCUUUAAACCUUUCUAAGCAUGUGUUUCCACCUGUUUUGGAAUUUGCAUCUUUGAGCAGUCAGAGUGGAAAUCCAAAGUUUCGGGAAGCUUCAGCGACAGCUUUGGGUGUCAUUUCUGAGGGUUGUUUGGAUCUAAUGAAAGAUAAGUUGGAACCUGUUCUUCAUAUUGUCUUGGGGGCUUUGAGAGAUCCUGAACAAAUGGUUAGGGGGGCUGCAUCAUUUGCAUUGGGACAAUUUGCUGAGCAUUUGCAGCCUGAGAUUGUAUCUCACUACGAAAGUGUUCUUCCUUGCAUUUUGAAUGCCCUGGAGGAUGCAUCUGAUGAAGUCAAGGAAAAAUCAUAUUAUGCACUGGCAGCAUUUUGUGAGAACAUGGGUGAAGAAAUUCUUCCUUUUCUUGAUCCUUUAAUGGGGAAACUCCUUGGAGCCCUGCAAAAUAGCCCCCGCAAUUUGCAGGAGACCUGCAUGUCUGCAAUUGGAUCUGUUGCAUCUGCUGCAGAACAAGCCUUCAUUCCAUAUGCUGAAAGGGUUCUGGAGUUGAUGAAAAAUUUCAUGGUGCUUACAAAUGAUGAAGACCUCCGUGCACGAGCAAGAGCUACUGAAUUGGUUGGAAUAACUGCAAUGUCUGUCGGGAGAAUGAGGAUGGAACCAAUUAUACCCCCUUUCAUUGAAGCUGCCAUUUCUGGUUUUGGGUUGGAGUUCAGUGAGCUUCGGGAGUACACUCAUGGAUUCUUCAGCAAUGUGGCUGAAAUUAUGGAUGAUGGAUUUGCACAGUACCUUCCACAUGUUGUACCUCUGGCGUUUUCCUCCUGCAAUCUUGAUGAUGGCUCUGCUGUGGAUAUUGACGACUCUGAUGAGGUUGAAAAUAUGACUGGAUUUGGUGGAGUGUCGUCUGAUGAUGAAGCUCAUGAUGAACCAAGGGUUCGAAAUAUCAGUAUAAGAACUGGAGUAUUGGAUGAAAAGGCUGCAGCAACUCAAGCCAUUGGAUUAUUUGCUCUGCAUACUAAAAGUUCCUAUGCACCCUACUUGGAGGAGUCUCUGAAGAUUUUGGUUAGACACUCAACUUACUUUCACGAAGAUGUUCGGCUUCAGGCAAUCACUGCAUUGAAAUAUAUUUUGACAGCUGCACAAGCAGUCUUCCAAGGUCAGAAUGAUGGGCCAGAAAAGGCGAAGGAAGCUCUAGAUACUGUGAUGAAUAUUUAUAUCAAGAUCAUGACUGAAGAUGAUGACAAAGAAGUUGUUGCUCAAGCUUGCAUGAGUACAGCUGACAUUAUCAAGGAUAUUGGAUACAUGGCAGUUGAGCCAUAUAUGCCUCAGAUCGUUGAGGCUACUUUGGUAUUGCUAAGGGAGGAAGCCGCUUGUCAGCUGGUAGAAUCUGAUAGCGAAAUUGAUGAUGAUGAUACUGAACAUGAUGAAGUACUUAUGGAUGCAGUUUCUGACCUCCUUCCUGCAUUUGCGAAGUCCAUGGGUUGUCAUUUUGCACCCAUCUUCGCAAAGCUGUUUGAACCUUUAAUGAAAUUUGCGAAAGCUUCACGCCCACCACAAGAUCGGACAAUGGUGGUUGCAUGCCUGGCAGAAGUUGCUCAGGAUAUGGGCACUCCAAUUGCGGGCUAUAUUGAUGCCGUGAUGCCCUUGGUACUCAAAGAACUAGCUUCAUCAGAUGCAACUAAUAGGAGGAAUGCUGCAUUUUGUGUUGGAGAGUUAUGCAAAAAUGGUGGCGAGACUACUCUGAAAUACUAUGGUGAUGUAUUGCGUGGACUUUACCCACUAUUUGGGGAACCUGAGCCAGAUGAUGCUGUGAGGGACAAUGCAGCUGGUGCAGUUGCAAGGAUGAUAAUGGUGCACCCUGAGUCCAUCCCCUUGAAUCAGGUUCUUCCCGUUUUCUUGAAAGUUCUUCCAUUGAAAGAAGAUCAUGAGGAGUCCAUGGCUGUCUAUGGCUGUGUCUGCAAUCUUGUUCUGGCAUCGAAUCCACAGAUCUUGUCCCUAGUUCCAGACUUGGUCAAUCUUUUUGCCCAAGUUGCAGUAUCACCUGUCGAAACUUCGGAAGUCAAAUCUCAAAUAGGCAGAGCUUUCUCCCAUUUGAUCUCUCUUUAUGGACAUCAAAUGCAACCGAUUCUGAGCAACCUACCACCUACACACGCUAACGCCCUAGCUGCAAUUGCCCCCAAAAGUUGACACCUAAUUAAGCAUGCUGGUGACGCCAUUUUAUACUCCUUGCUCAACUUUUUCGCCAAUGAGCUCAAUUUAAGAGGAGAUCGUUUCUUUUACUCAUUUUAAAGUUGGGAACGGUUCCUGAAUGAAGGCUGUUCUUGACCAGGCUUUGGUUUGCCUCCAUACUGACAGCUAUGGCUCCGUUUUUCCCGUGUGGAGACAUUGCUGUUUCUUCCAAUUUUUAUUUAUUUUUUUUAAAUGUAUCUUAUGAUAUUUGUAUUUCUCAUUAUUUAAUUUUAUCAGUAGUUAUAUUUAUUUUACCAUUGGGUGUGGUGUGUGUUAUAGUAAUUUGUUUGUUUGUGAGCUCGAGUCGCUGAGAAUACUGUUGUGUGAUGAUUAUGUAAAUUUCGGGAAUAAGAAGGGUGAUAUACUUAUUUUUA